GAGGGCUGCUGCCAGAGUUGUCCUCGAAAGGGAGCGGAGGCGGUUGGCGAUAGAGGGAGAAGGAAUGGUCGGGUGGGAGAGCGAGCUGCGGAUCCGCUUCAAGCCGGGCAGCUGCUGGCUGGAGGAGGACGAUACUGAUAUCCCAAAUAGACGUAUCCUGAUUACUGGUGCCACAGGGCUGCUUGGUAGAGCUGUAUAUAAGGAAUUUAAAGCAAACCAUUGGCAUGCUGUUGGCUGUGGGUUCACUAGAGCUCGACCUAGGUUUGAACAAGUUAAUCUCCUGGAUGUUGCUGCUGUUCAUAAUCUCAUCCAGGAUUUUCAGCCUCAUGUGAUAGUACAUUGUGCAGCUGAGAGAAGACCAGAUGUUGUAGACAGUCAACCAGAUGCUGCUUCUCAGCUCAAUGUGGCUGCUUCAGGGAACAUAGCAAAAGAAGCAGCUGACGUCGGAGCAUUUUUGAUCUACAUUAGUACAGAUUAUGUAUUUGAUGGGACAAACCCUCCCUAUAAGGAGAAUGAUGCACCAAAUCCCCUAAAUCUCUAUGGCAAAACUAAACUAGAAGGUGAAAAAGCAGUUCUAAAAAACAGUGAAGGUGCUGCUGUGCUUAGAGUUCCUAUUUUAUAUGGAGAGGUUGAAAGCUUGGAAGAGAGUGCUGUGACAGUUAUGUUUGAUAAAGUGCAAUUCAGUAACAAGUCAGCCAACAUGGACCACUGGCAGCAGAGAUUUCCUACCUAUGUAAAGGAUGUAGCUAGCAUUUGCCGACAGCUAGCAGAGAAGAGAAUGCAGGAUCCAUCCAUAAAAGGAACAUUCCAUUGGUCUGGUAAUGAGCAGAUGACUAAAUAUGAAAUGGCAUGUGCUAUGGCUGAUGCUUUCAAUCUUCCCAGUAGCCACUUGAGACCAAUCACUGAUAGCCCAGUAGUGGGUGCUCUUCGUCCCAGGAAUGCGCAGCUUGACUGUUCUAGACUACAGAUGUUGGGCAUCGGACAGCAAACUCCAUUUCGUAUUGGGAUCAAGGAAUCUCUUUGGCCUUUCCUUACUGACAAGAGAUGGAGACAGACGGUCUUCCAUUAGUUUGUAAAUGGCUUAGUGCAUUAUGAAAUGAGGCACUUUUUUUAAAAGGGGGGGGGGAAGAAUAGUUUUGUAUUGAAUGUUCUAUGUUUCAGGUUUAAUUCAAUCAGGUAAAAAUAUGGUCUUGCACUAGUGAAAUGGUUAAAGCAGCUUACAGGCAAAAAAAGGACAUUGUUUGAAGUGAUUCCCCCCACCCCCCAUUUGUUACUGGCAUGCCAUAAGUAGUUAAUGACUGAUGACUAUUCCAGCCAUCAGUAACUGUUAAGAUGUAUUUCCUCAUAGCUGAAAUAUAGAGUUGAUGUUUAUGUAUUUGCCUUUGAUAUUCAAAAGCUACCUUGACAUUUAUUUCCCUAAUUGCCAAAAAGCACAAGAUUUUUCCCCUUGUUUUUGAAGUAUGCUAAAGUGAUUAAAACUGGGGAGUUGCCUUUGCUUUGCUUGAGCUGUGAUCGAAAUGGUCUAAAGCAGUGCUUUAUUUUUGCAGGUAAUGUAUAAUUUUGAUGCUUGAGAGAUUUUCACAAUGUUCUGUAUUUCAAAACACUUGCAGCUUUCUUUAUAUUUGUACAGAAUAGUUUACAUACCUCUCUAUCAUGUGCAUGCUUAUGUACACAUACUGAUUUGCAGAGCCUAGGAUCCUUUAUUUUGUUGUGACAGAGGCAUGAAAUUUGAACGUUUUCCCUCCAUUUUUCUUGCUGUUUACCUUAGGCAUUUGGAUCCUGUAGAAACCAGAGAGGUCUCAUUAAAGAACUUGUUAACACA